UUUUUAUAUUAGAGGAAGCGAAAAGGAAUCCGGAAGUUGUUUCCCCUUGGGCAGCUUUGUGCUUUUUGAUGGCUUCACUCUGAAGUAAGUUCCUUCUCAGAAAAUCACUACUGCAUUUUAGUUUCUAUUUUCGUUGUUUGUGUGGAUAUCUCAAGUAUGGAUCACUAGGUUAAUGUAGCUUAACUUCUUUAGAGUUAAAGACCCACAUCAUUCAGGUAUAUAUUACAGUACCAUCUAAUUCAUACGAGUGUCUCAAAAAACAAAAAUCUAAUUCAUACAAAAAACAUUGAGCAAUAUUUGUUGUUGAUAAGUAAAACAUGAUGGGACCGAAUAUUGGUAUGAUACAUAAUCCAUUUUGAGGUGAGCUAUUUAUAAUCAUUUUCCGAGUCCACAUGCAAGCAACCUUUUGGUGGGGGGCGUAUUCAGUGCAUUAAGGACCAUGGGUACAGUACUCUUUUAAUUCACAUCAAUAGUCACGAUUUUCUGUUUGGUAGAAAUCAUACGCAUACUUCUAAAAGGACUCUGCCUAUCAACUUCUGAAAAUUCAUAUACGACAUAUGUUAGGAUUAAGAAUUAAAAAAAUUGAAAGUUCUGAAAAAAUUCCAUCAUUUCCCCUUUUUUGCCUGUAAGCCUUUUGCUAAUGUUAUCACUGGGCUCCUUUUAGAGCCCUAGUUAGUGUGCUUCCAUCCAUGGGAAUAGCAUAGAAUCAUCAAUGAGCAGUUGCUGACUCACUAUUCUCCAGACAAAACGAAUGGUGUCAUUGCAUAUGCAAUGUUUUGACCAUGUGGGAUAGGGUGGUUAGCAAUCUCAAUUUCUCAAAAAGAGUAAAAUACUGUUUGCAAACAGAAGAUUCACAACCGCUCUUGAACACUGAGCCAGCUAUAUGCUGGAACGCAGAGAGAGGAGUGAAGAAUCCAUGAACUCAAACAAAAGUAGACACAGGAUGGAGAACAUACAGAGAACCAAGCAAACAAGACGGUGCAGCAUGUCGAUCAUGUCACACAUUUCGGUGGCAACAAAAGAUGGCCAUUUCUUGCAAGCUACUAGCGCUUUUAGAAGAGAAAAUGUUCAAAGGGAAACACGUAAGAGAGAGUAGAGGCAAGAUGCCAAGAUGUGGCCACUGCACCAGCAGGAUAUAUAUCAUCGCUGCAUUAUUAGGAUAUUUGAAACACACAACAUGUUGUGACCAUAACUAGAUGUCUGGAAAAUCUUGUUCGCAGAAUGUAGUCUUUUCGGUCCACGUCAGUCAUGUCGUGGCGUUCUUUUGGAGAACCAGGGAGGGUCUGGUCGUUUAUCAGCUUAUAAUAGUGUGUUGGGCAUCGUGCUGCCCAUGUGGGGACAAGUGUUGGUCACCCUGCAAUUAUAGCAAAUUCCAGCAGAAAGCCAUUUUCCCUGCCUGCCUGAAAAUGUAUAACAGAUGAUUGGAGUCACUGGAUGGGAUGGGACAUACUUCUUCAGCUGCCACGAGGCACCAUGUUCCUCUGAGAAAAACAGGGUGGAUCUGUUUGCAGCCAUUGUUAAUACCAUUUCUCUUCAAAAGAAGUCCCUGAAGCAUCGUUAGAGCCCGGUAAUUAAUUAAUUAGUGACUGUGUCAUGUUUCUGUAAGAAAUGGCCAUCUUUAGUCUCUCAGAAUAGAUCAGUACCGAAUCACUGAAGCAUCUUUUAGUUCUGUUCACAUCACUGUAGUAAUGAACAUCUGUAAUGCAAUUUUUAGAUUCAUUCUGUUUCAUCCAUCUAGCUGCACAUUGUGGAUGGUAUCUAGCAAUGUAACCCCAUUCCAUGUGGCCUCCACAUCAUCUAGUUAGUGAGACAAGAGGUGCAGAGGCAUAACAAUAAAAAGGCCCAGCCAAUCUCCUACACUACACUACACUACACUACCGUACAGUGUGUCAUGUCAGUAUACAACCCCAACAUGCAACAUGCAGUAGCCCAGGGGGGCUGUCUGUCUGCAUGCUGCAUCACAUGGCCACACUAAUCAAUCAUGCAUGCCCAUAUCAUUUGCUUUGCUUAAUCUUUCUCAUUUUAGCUCACUAAUCAACACCGCUUCCUGCGUGAUGACACAGCUAAGAUCUAAUCCUCACGCUUAAACAAGCAAGCAAGCAAGCAAGUUGGGCUGAAGAGAUCUAAACUUGUGGCCUGGUACUUGUAGCGGUGUUCAACUUUUUCGCUUUGACCCCAACCGCACGCACCUAAUCAAGAUUCUUGCGCUUGGUUAUAACCACUAAGCAGAACAUGCCUGUGAUAUUAUUCUAUCUCCCACAUGUGGUGUUAACUAGUAACCAGUGCCGAUUCCAGCUUGGCCAGACACUUCCCAUUGGCUCUGGGCAUCAUGUUGCCACAAUUAUAUGCUCAUGUUGCUAGUUAAUCUCUUGUCUGUGUAUUUUUUGCUGUCACAAGGGAUCUGGAUAGGUUGCAACUGGGAGUAGAAUAUGCGUCCCAACUGAUCGUCUGGUGCGAAAAUCGACGACCAAGAUCCACUUCAGCUUGGUAGUGACCUGUGAGAGAUCUGCGGUGGGAAGCGGCACGUGUCCGAUCCCUGAGCGCCGGUUCGUUUCUGAUUUUUGAUCCUGACCGUCGGUUGCCUGCCGGGACGGCCGAUUCUUUCCUCUUGGUAUGGUAAUGGUAGGGAACCCCUUGGUCCCUAUCUAUAAAGGCCAUGCAUACAGAUACAGGGGAGUAAGCUGUACUUGCUAGCUAAUUAGCUUCAGACAUCUCAUCAGGUGACAUAUAUCAUCUUUCUUUCUGAGGAGGAAGGAGAAAUAAUGGGGCACAUUGCUGAUCCUGCGGGCGCCGUAGUCGUGGGCUGCAAAGUGCUGCCCAUCUUCAACGAGAAUGGCAUUGUUGAUGGCGCGGUGAAGAAGAUCGUGCACAGGAUCGACGGGAAGAAGGCGGUCGCCCGGGUGAAGGAGCUACUCAAGUGGGCCGCCCAGGCCAGGCCGUACGGCAGCAGCAACGGCGUCAGUGGGAAGAAAUGGAAGCAGUUUCUGAGCUUCCAGGGAAGGGAUGGUGGUGGUGCUGCAGCACCGGUAUCAAAGUGCGACGAUGACGCGAGCUCCGGGUCUGGGUCCGGUGGCAAGCUGAGCUUCAAGUGGGAGGCGGGCAGCUGCUCGUCGGCGUCGUCGGUGCUGUACUCGCCGCUGUCGUUUGCGUCUGCGCCGGCCGGGAGGACGGAGCAGCAGACGCCGUCGAGGGGCAACGGGAACUACAACUACAGCUACAACGGGUACGCGUCGCGGCUGUCGUCGGUGAGCCAGAAGAGCUCGUCGUCGGAGGCGUGCCGGAUGGCGCAGUGGAUCACCACCGACUCAGACUUUGUGGUGCUGGAGCUAUAGCUGAAAAAUAAUACGCAUUGCUGAAGAUGGCAGCAGGAGGAGGAUGUUGAGAGGACACAAGAUUUGAGAAACUGGUGAUGACUCAUCAAGCUAGUUAAUUAGCUAGUGUUGUUAAUUAGUCUAGUUAGUUAGGGAGGGAGGGGGCUAAUUAUAAACAGUAGCAGAUGCAUGUGCUAUCUAUUCUAGACUGAUGAUGAGCAAUUACAGACAGACAGACAGAGAAGCAAUUACAGACAGACAGAGACCAAUGAUGCAUGAAGCAAUAUGGAGGGAAUGCAAUUACAGACAGACAGCUGAUGGAUGCAUUGCAUGAUGGAGCUGUCAAAUUAAGUUUAAGUGUAUAUAUGUGCGUGUCUUUUGUGAUUGAUAAAUAAUAAGUCCACGCAUACAUUUCUUUCUUU